UUCACUUAGCCAUAUAUUUCGUUGAGGGAAGAGUGACAGACAAAAAAAUCGCAAUUUAAGAUGUCCAAAAGGGAAUUUCCUUUCGAUCAAUCCUGUCCAAUGCAGCUCAAGACUCAUGUGAACACUACUGAAUUUGAGAAGUCAAACAACAUGGAAAACGUUUAUGCGAAAACACUUGAAGCUUUGCGAGAAGGAAUGGAGCGAUACGAGAAUGGUGAAAUUGAGGAAGGAAUAUGCAAUGAAACCGUCAACUGUGAUCGUUGUCGCCAAACGAAGACUGGUCGCGGUGUGAAGUGUGCGUUCUGUGAACGGAACGCAUGCGGCGAUUGCAGGCGAGAGUGUGUACACUGCGACAAGAUGUUUUGUCUUUUGUGUUUGGUUGCCAACUAUGACGAGAGGUAUGAACGAUAUUUUUGUCUUGGAAAUUUGCCUCAGAGAGAUGCUGGAAUACAUCAUAUCUAAAAACAAAACAAAAGCUGAUCUUAUAUGCUGAGGUACUUCAUGGUAAAAACCAUUGAUCUGUGAAGUUGAUAUAAUGAUAUACAGCUUGGCAUUUGCUCUGUUAUGCACUUGGUCUGAUUUUGUGUGUUGAGUGUUUAAAAAAAACCACCUCCUCUCAAUCAUGUUCCACAUUGUAAUUAAAGACACUUCUCGAUGGUUUUCAGGCAAGAUGGUCUUGUCUUUUUGGAUAACAAUCAAAAAGGACUGUUGAGCUAUACUGCACCUUCAAACUGUGAAUUUCAUCAAGUAAUGGGAAGUUUUUUGGUCUUUGUUGAAGCAAACACUGUCAGUUUUGAGUUAGCUCGUGACAAUGAACCUUUGUUACUGUUAAACACAAUAAAUUUAUCAAGUAUGACAA